ACCGCCAAUAAAAACAAGACGAAGAAGAAGAAGAAAGCGGAAGUCUCAGUUUGAGCACUCAGUUCGAUCUGUUGUUUGUGUUCAGAUUUUCAUCAUGAGAGAGUUGAAGAAAGAGGUGAUGAGGACAAAACUGAUGGAGAGAGACAGUUUACAGGAGCUGGAAAAGGUUUCCUGUCAAUCCUCAGUGUGUGUGACUGAUGGGACCUCCACAGAAUGUCAGGAUUCAGUGUGGAGCGGCAGAGAUCAGUCCACACCACAGCGGCUGCUGGACAAACUCUCUGAACAGAGAUCCAGAGACACACAGGACUCACAGCUCACUUUACUCUGUUCUACUGAUGCUCAGGAGAGUGUGUGUGACAGUAAUCAGGGUGAUCAAACCUCCACAGAGUCUCUGACUUCUGUCUGUAAUGCUGGAGAACAGCAGAUGCUACAGACACCAGUGAAGAUGUUGAAGAAUCUGAUGGAGAUGAGAGGAGAAAACACAGCAGAGGAACAACGGAGUGAUGAAGAUGAUGAUGAUGAAAUCACAGCAGAGGAACAACAGAGUGAUGAAGAUGAUGAUGAUGAAAUCACAGCAGAGGAACAACAGAGUGAUGAAGAAGAUUAUGAUGAUGAUGAAAUCACAGCAGAGGAACAACAGAGUGAUGCAGAUGAUGAUGAAAUCACAGCAGAGGAACAACGGCGUGAAGAUGAUAAUGAUGAUGUCAUUCCUUCAGAGCUGAUGGAAGUUCAAGAGGAUCCUCAAGAUCUGAAUGAAGUGGAGGAGAAAAUUCAGGAUCAGAAACAUCAUGAUUUCACAUCUGGAGAAAAAUCUCUGAGUGGCUCAAAGACUAAGAAGAAUUCCACACCAAAAAAGCAUAAAAGAAGAGCAGCCAAGAAAUCUUUCACCUGCUCUCAGUGUGGAAAGAGUUUCACAAAUGAAGGCAAUCUUAAUACACACAUGAGAGUUCACACUGGAGAGAGACCUUACACGUGCCAUGAGUGUGGAAAUUGUUUCACUACUAAAGGAAACCUUAAUAAGCACACACGCAUUCACACAGGUGAAAAGCCUUACACAUGUCAUCAUUGUGGAAAGAGUUUCACUCAAAAAGAGCAACUUAUUAGACACACAAGAGUUCACACUGGAAAGAAGCCUUACACGUGCCAUCAGUGUGGGGAAAGUUUUGCGUCUGCAGACCAUCUCAAAGAUCAUCUCUGCCUUUACUCUGGAGAAAGGCCGUUUCAAUGUGAUCAGUGUGGUAAAACAUUUGUUAAGGCACAGUUUCUAAAACAACACCUGAAAAUCCACACCAAAGAAAAGCCUUACAAGUGUUCUCUUUGUGGAAAGAGUUUUGCAUGCUCGUUCUACUUUAAAGUGCACCAGAAAACACAUACCGGUGUGGUGGCUAAUAAGUGCUUUAAAUGUGAAAAGAUCUUUACUUCAGCCGGCCAGUUGACAGUGCACCUUAAAAUCCAUUCUGGAGAAAAACCUUUCAAGUGCUCACAAUGUGAAAAGAGUUUCACUCGGUUAGAAAACUUGAAAACUCACGAGAGAAUUCAUACCGGAGAAAAACCUUACCGCUGUUUUUCAUGUGGGAAAAGUUUCAAACAAUCUGGUCAUCUACAGAAACAUUUAAAAAAUCAUUGUCCAAGUAGUCACACUGAUCAAAAUUCAUCUUUAGACCCAAUAAUAUGAAGUAAAUAGUUAGUGUAAAAUAGGAGGAAAGUUCUCCCAAAACAACAGCAUCAUCUAAGAUUAAAACAGAAGACUUUUAAGGAAGUCUUCUUAUUUGGAGAACUGAACUUUUGUAGGAAUGCUCAUCUGUUUAUGAGUGGGCUGAUUAUAAUUUUAAUGGAAACCAAAGAAACUUGUAAUUAGGGCUGUCAUGAUUAUGAAAAAUUCACAGAAACAAUUGCGAUUAUGAUGAUUGUCAUACAAAUUGCCACCUUAAAGUAAUUUAUUCAUAUUUAACUUGCAAUCUUAAAAUAAAAUAUGUAUGAUUUCCCUUAAAGCUUUAAAAACUUAUCACAUGAAAAACUAAUAUUUUAAAUAAUUUAAAUAUAUUUCCAAAUACUUAAAAUAUGUCUCUCAUUUUGGACAGUUUUAGUUAUUGUCCAUUUAACAUUUACAAUGUUGGUUUUGGAACAUAGCCAACUUUAAUAGCUAUCAUAUUACACGAUAGUUAAAAAAAAAAAAAAUCUGUCCUAAAUUCUUUACUUUCACAUGUUAGUUUAAGGCUCUCUAAUGGAGGGGUCGCUGCCUCAGAUGCACCCCCCUAUAACAGAACUCGCUUAGGCUGCCAAAAUGGUCAGAAACAGCCAUUAUGAACAGAUAUGUAAAAAAAUAAAUAAAAAUGCUAUCCUGUUAAUUUAAUUUGAUCAAGGCUUUUCUCUGCUUGAUAACAUUAGCUUGUUAACUGACCCGAGUUACUAUAAAUGUCUGCAAAUCUCUCGCUUCUAUCGCAAACUGUUUAAUUUGUUCAUCAGUGGAAGCUAUUUGACGCAAUUUCAUUUUUUAGGGAGCUACUGGCUAGUUUGUUUUCUUACAGAAACAUUAGGUUUUAACUAUAUAGGAACAUUUUCUGAGGGAAAUGCAAGUAGGGCUAAACUUGUCACAGCAGUGUCCCACCAAGGGCCUCAGUACACUGUUAAAAGAACCCACCCCCAUGUUUUUAUGAUGUUCUUGUGCUGAUACUGUAUAUGGGUGUUGCUAAAUGGUUGCUAGGCAGUUUCCAGGGACCUAAAUAAAAAGAGUUAAAAGAGUCCACCUCCAUGUCUAUACAAUGUUCUGGUACCGAGAUAUGGAUCCCGUACUGAGAUAUGAUACCACUGAUCCCUUGUCAAUGUGAAGUCUAUGGGAUUUUUCAUCUGAUCAUAGCAGAAAUAUUGUCCUCAAUAAAUCAGAGGAUUUGACACCUCACUCAUGAGAGUACAACAAACGGUGUGGGACGAAAAAUUGGUUUAGGGAAUAUUUGUAGGCGUUACAGCAUGUGAUGCAUUAAGGAAGCUCAAAGCAUCAUUAAGUGAUAUUGUAUUCUAGAUCAAUGUGGAUGUUAUUGAUUUUGUUUAAUUGUAAUUGUUUUAUAUUUACAAUUUGAGAGGGUUUCUAUGCUUGUUCAAAUGUUUAAUCUCAUUUAAAAGGUUUUUAUGUAUUGAAAGAAUAUAAAAGAAAUAAAAAUCACAAAAGUCUAAAAGAAAAAUAUAUAUAUAUAUAUAUAUAUCACAAUUGUUUUAUUCAUUAAAAAAAGCACAUAAAUUAAUGUAUAUACCAAAUACAGUGCAUUGCAAGGUUUUGUAAGUGUGGGUCCCAGGUGAAUACAAUUUCGUAAGAACCCCUGCCUUAAAUGCGUCUUUAGGAAACUGACUCUUGUAUCUGUUAUGACAAAUAGAUCGACAAAUUAAAGUUUUUAAUGACGAUUAUAUAAGUGAAAAAAUAUUUUGUUAAACUCUGAUUAUUUGUGUUUACAUUUUGCCUUGGUGUUAAAAAAUUGUCUGAUGUUACUAAUAAAGGCUAUCCUUCAUAAUCUGA